CUAAACCUGCAGCCCCACAUUUGUACAGCAACUCACAGUGAGUAGGGAACUUGUAUCUGGGACAGAGCGACGGGGGAGGAGGAGACGCUGGUCUUAGGUGGCAAGAGAAAAGGAGAAGAGACUUUGUGGGAAGCUUGCUGAGGACAGAAGCCCCUGGGACACAGACCCGUGUGUUUUCAUAUCAGGGGAAGAAGAUUCACUGAGCAGAAGCAUCCCCACCUGGAAACAUGCACAAGCGCACCAAGAUAAAGAUUGCCAUCUUUGUGCUGCUGGUGGGUAUGGCGUGCAUGUUCACCGCGGUGGUGACGGACCACUGGGCCGUGCUCAGCCCGCGGGUGGAUCAGGUCAAUCAGACCUGUGAGGCGGCCCACUUUGGCCUGUGGAGGCUGUGCAAGAAGUACAUCUACAUAAGCUCGGAAAACUACGUGCCGGGGCAUGGCUGCGGACCCAUCAGUCUGCCUGGAGAGGAAAACUGCACUUACUUCAGACACUUCACUCCAGGCCUGGAUACCGAGAUAUUUGAAUAUAAAACACAAAAAGAGUACAACAUCUCAGCCGCAGCAAUCUCCAUCUUCAGCCUCGCCUUCAUAAUCCUGGGGUCUCUGUGCUUGGUGGGAUCCUGUACCGGUAAAGGCAAAGGAAGAGACUACCUCCUCAAACCUGCCGGCAUGUUUUUUGCAUUUGCAGGUCUCUGCGCCUUCAUCUCACUGGAAGUGAUGCGGCAGUCGGUCAAGCGCAUGAUCGAGAGCGAGGACACGAUCUGGAUCGAGUACCACUACGCCUGGUCCUUCGCUUGUGCCUGCACCGCCUUCGUCCUCCUCUUUCUCACUGGCAUCGCCCUCCUGCUCCUCUCCAUGCCCCAGAUGCCCAGGAACCCAUGGGAGACCUGCAUGGAUGCCGAGCCGGAUCAAGCUGAGUGAUAGACGGACAGACGAGAUGAAUGCAGGAUAAGAAUGACUAUGUCUCUUGUUUGGAGGACAGAUUUGAGUACAGUAUUUGUUUGAAGAACAGGAGCUGGAAAUGAAAGCGUAAAGGUAUGAUGGCAGAUACUGGUUUGGUUGUGGAAGGAUCCACAGCCACGAUGGGAAAACAACCUCCACGCAAUUACAUGUUUUGAAAGUUUGUCUUUCUCCUUUAUGACCAACCCGAGGGGAAAAAAAGGGAAGUCCUCUUCACACUUUCUCUGCUAUGGUUUGUGUUGGAGGCCUAGAAAUAACCAUACAUCAAAGUUAGAGCAUGUAGAAGCUCUGCUUCUAUUUUCCUCUUGGGUGGAACUCUUACAAGGCCGGAACAUAAAAUAAAUGUUAAAAAUAUGUUAUGAAAUAUCACUGUUGUGUGACAUGGGCUGAUUUUUUUACAUUUUAUUUACUGCAUUAUGUUUGAUAUCUUGUAUAUAUCUAUAUACCCAUUCAACAAUGGAUUUUUGUGUGGAAUUGCUCAAGGAAUCCUUUACUUAAACCUAGAAGUAGGAGAAGUCUAGACAUACUUGACAGACAAAUGUGCAUUUUGUAUUUAAAAGAUUUACAAAGAACCUUUAAAGAUGAGUGAUUUCAGGCAAAGCUGCAGCACAGAGCCGGUUUGUCCGCGUGGCUGCUGAAUGCUAAACACCCACUCGGUCUGCAUGUUGGAAAAGGUUCAGCUCUAGCAGGUGCACAUACACGGCCUUUUACUGUUUGCGGACAGCUUCCAAACCAAACUCUUACAAAUAAUUCUGUUUUCAGUCAUAACGGCCCGUCAGAAACAAGUGGCAAAUUGGUUUUACUUACCGAGCCUUCACACCACACACGCUAUAAAUGUAUUGUACUGCAUAUGGUAUAAAACCAUGUAGAAUACUAAUCACAUUUUCCAAAGGGGUUAUUCAGGUUUGCACUAAGUAGCAGGUUAAUUCCUUUCUGUGAGAUGUCAAGCUAAGCAGGGUCCUUUUGUCCUUGUAGUUGCACUGUAGCUGUGCGUAUUCUGAGACUCUCACACAGCUGAUGUUGAGGCAGUUUGUGCAUUUGAACCUUUUGUGCGCAAAGCCGCAGCUGUUUGGGAGAGUAACCGUCCGUGCCAUGACGCUGUUUAAGGUCCUUUCAUUUGAUUUCUAAUGUUUAAGCUAUAAAUAAAACAACAAAAAUCUGGGUGUAGUACUGUAAUCCAAUAUUCUUAAUUUGUUUGUAUUUUUCUUUGAACAUAUGCAUUUUGGAAUGCAGUGUAUACUGUGUAGGUGUGAUUGAAAUGUCCCAUAUCUUUAUAAUCAAAAUUAAAUAUUUAUAAGGUUUGGAAAACGUU